CCAACGAGCGGACGCACGAGCGGCUGUGCGGCGGCAGAGACUCUACGGAAGUUUCAGAUGGUGAUUCUUCCCUGUAGUCAAACUGAACUCCACCGUUGAUUGCUUCACUUCAGAGACACCGUGUAAUGUGUUUGACACCUUUAGGGUUUAUUUUACACACUUCCUCUGGGCAGCCGUCCUUCAACCCACUUUUGUUGGCUUCUUAAUUUCUUCAUUUUGUUUGUUCACAUUAUUUUCCAAUCGUAUUUGUAAUUAUUUCCAGGUCUAGAUACGAAUAUAAAGCGGCCUGUACAGUCUGUUAAACUGCUCCCAGUUCAGUGAUCUAAACCUAACCAGCUUUAACGGCCUAAGAAUAAUCUGAUUUUAUCUGCUUUCUCUGUCACUGAGGUCUCACUGGCAGCAGGACAGGAGAAUUCCAGGCCUUGAUUUCAGAUCAAAUGUGAAGAUUAUCAUGACACAAAGAUGAAAUCUGAAAAUUCUUUUCCCAACAAUAAACAUAAUAUGGUUAAAAUCGUACUACACAAAAUACAUAUAUACGAGUAUAAAUUGACUUGUUUGCAUCAAAUAAUGAAUGAAUCAGUAAAUACUCAAUAUUGUUAUAAUCAAGAAUCAUUUGUAGAUUGUUGUGUUGAGCAGAAGGAAGGAGCGAUGUGCACAGAUGAGGAGGUCUGCUGAGGAGUGGGUGCUCUAUUAGCUGUGCAGUAAUGGGAUUAAUGGUCUAAUCCAGGACAAGUCAGGAAUAGACCAACACUCACCCUAGAGCUGGUGACUUACCUGGUACCGGUGUGGCCCCACUCUGCUACAAGGAGAUGAUCUGGCAAAUCAAACCAAGCGAGGCCUCAGGAUUGACUUCUCAUGGAGGGGAAACACAGCAUCAGAGCUGUUGAUGUCAGAGAUGUUGCUAACUGCAGCUCGAAACCAUCCGUGUUCUGGGAUGACGAUAUUCCACCUAUUACUGGUUUUUUGUAGGAUGUGGGGACAAGUUUACUAAUGACAUAAUACUGAGCUUCAGCCGCACAGGUUUAGCAGCACAUGAUACAACCACUCAGCUGUGUGUUUCCACGACCUGCUAUGACUGUGGAAGUCAGACUGAGUGAAUGCUCACAUGGCAAAGUCAACAGGAGGAACUCUGAUGGAAUACAUCACAGCCCCCAGAGCAAAAUACACCAUGGUGGGAGAAGCCAUACGUUACGUCAUCCCUUCACAUAUGCAGUGCUCACUCGGCUGUGGAGGUCAAGACUGCAAAUAUGACAACCCAAGCUACUGGAGAGACGACCAGCAGGCCAUUAAAGGCCUCUACUCGUCCUGGAUUACUGAACACCUCCUUGCCAUGUCCAGACCAUCAACAGAAAUCAUUGAGAAAUACAACAUCAUCGAUCAAUUCAAGAGGGCUGGUAUUAAAACAGUAAUCAACCUACAGAUACCUGGUGAACAUGCCAGUUGUGGAAACCCUCUGGAGCCAGAAAGUGGUUUCUCAUACAGACCAGAGUUCUUCAUGGAAAAUAACAUCUACUUCUACAACUUCGGCUGGGACGACUACGGCGUGGCCAACCUCACCUGCGUGUUGGACAUGUUGAAGGUCAUGGCCUUUGCGCUGCAGGACGGCAGGAUAGCCGUGCACUGCCACGCUGGUCUGGGCAGGACAGGUGUGUUGGUGGCGUGUUUCUUGGCCUACGCCACCAGAAUGACUGCCAACCAGGCUAUUUCCUACGUCCGAGCUAAACGGCCCAAUUCCAUCCAGACCCGGAGUCAGCUGCGAUGCGUCCGACAGUUUGUCCAGUUCCUUGAUCCGCUGAGGAGCGUGUUUUCCUGCGCUGAGCCUCGAACCGGCCCAGUCACUCUGUCCCAGUACCUGAACCGCCAGAGACACAUACUGCACGGCAACGAGCGCAAAAAGCUCAGACACCUUCCCAAGAUCGUCCAGCUUGUCUGCAGGCUGCUGCUGGACAUCGCAGAGAAUCGCCAAGUGAUUGAAGAGGACAUCUUAGAGGCCCCAGAUGUUCAUGACAUUGAGGAGACUCUGAGUAUGGUUAAGAAACUAGGGCCUGAAGCGUUUGCACAGGAGCCGCGUCUACCAGGCGUGCCCACCUUACAUAGACAUUUCAACGAGCCACCCAUCUUCUACCACCGCAAAAGCCUGAGCUACAGCGAGUCCGACUUGAGGCGACUGGGCUCAGACUUCAACGUCCUCACGCAGCCCCUCCAGACUGGGUCGCUCUGGCAGAUCAAGGACAUAGAAAACCAAAAGGAUGGACGCAUAGUGCUGGAGAGGGUGAAGCAUAAAUCCAUCCAGCGCAGUGAAUCUGUGGGACACCACCAAGCUGCUAACAUGGGCAGCGUGCUGUCCCAAUGGAAAGCAGAGCAGAGCAGGGAACUCAAGAUGAACGGGCCUAAAGGUGCGGGAGCAGAGUGGGAGGUGCCCUUCAUCACUCUGCAGUCGGAGCUGUCGCUGGAAGCCAGGAGGCUGCUGGUGGCACAGGCCCUGGCCGUGGACCUGGCCCUCGACGGGGACAAAGCGCACAGGAGCAGGGUGUUGACCUGGCAGGCUGAGCUUAACCAGGGCGGAGCCUGGGAGCGGCUGUGCAUGGAGCGGGACCCCUUCAUCCUCACCGGCCUCAUGUGGGCCUGGUUGGAGCAGCUCAAGGAGCCCAUCGUGUCUGUUCAGGACGUCGAGGCGCUGACACACGACCCUGACGCCGACCCUCAGACCGUCCUGAACACUCUGGACCCGGCUCAAACACAGACACUAACGUGCAUCCUGGACUGUAUGGCUCACAUGGGGAAAAUACCACAAAGGGUAGAAAAUGCGUUUCUGAGCCGCACAGUCAAGGCUCUGGCCUGGAUGGACACCAACAAAGAAGAGAGCAAAGCCUCCAUGACCAAGGUCCUACGGCGCCUCCUCGAAGGCAUGAGACAAACCAGGACCACAGGAUGACAGACUGCUCCUCCUCUGCCGUCCCAUUCGCUCCAUCGCCGUGUGUGU